CUCAAAACGAGUAGUUCAACAGUUCUCGCUGCGGAGGAUUUCGCGGUCUUCAAGCUCGUCGUCAAAAACUAAUUGCUUACAUCGUGUUGUUUAUUUAUUACGAUACUAAUCAAUUUUAGAAAGGUGCCCUGUAACCUAUCGAUGAAAUCCGGCGUUGAAAGACGGCGUUUUCAUUGACUGCGAGUGGUUCGAUUUUUUUUGCUGUAUUGAUUGUUCAUGUAACGCUUCGCCGCUAGUUUGGCAGUUUUCAACCAUCGGUAUUUGGUUAGAAAGUAUAUAUCAGCAUCAACCACCUCGCUUCGCAUUUGACGGCUGCAAAUGAUGCUAAAAGUAACAAACGUGUCCCGUUCAGUGCUGGUGUUGGUUCCGCGGCGGCGUUAGGAAGAAAAUAGCAAGAAAACAAAAACCGGCUGGCGGAUGAUGAUACUGUGUGAAAGUACGCGCACACUUGUCUAAAUAAGACGCCAUCGGGAAUAAUCAGCACGGCAGUGUGAGCUGUGAAAACCUGGGAAAUAAAAGCCAAAAGAGCUGCUGCUUAGAAUAUUAUCCAUUCGUGGUUCACCGCAUGCGGUUCGUCGAUGGCGACGUGUUUACCAGCAUCAACAUCCAGGCAGGCAUCGCUUCGAGUGGUGCAAUUGUGAAAGCAGUGCGACUACGAAGGAGAAGAAAAGUUUGCAGCACACGGUGCUGCGAGUGAAAAAAGAAAGUUUAGCAAUAAAACCCUCCACACCUAACGGUAGUGGUUGGCCACCACCUGGUGUUUCGAGGCCACCGUUUCCUUGGUCGUGCUGAUCGAAGGGACACAGCAGGAGGGCGCAGUUUAUAGGAUUCACCGGACAUACGAUGCGCAUUGCAUAGGAUUGUUCGCUGAGCGCCGUUAACUAUAGUUGCAACUAAUGAAUUCUAGUCUGAGUUGAAUGUUUUCCUGCUAACACAACGCACCGAAACACUGGAGUCACCGUUAGUGACGGAUUAGCAAGAGUUUACCUUGCGAUGCAUCAUCAACCGUAGCGACUAUAUACCCUACGUGUGUGUGUGUGUGUGCGCGUUUCUAAAUCAUUAUUCAUAUCCCUGGCCGGUGGCUCUUCAGUACUCUGGCAGUAUUUGUCGCACGAUGAUGCUGAGCCUGCACGGUACGACGACGACGCUGACGACAGCACUACUGGCAUGCCAUAGGUUCUGGUGACACGAGCUUCUCGUUUGCGGCACGACGACGAAAACGACGACGACCACGACGACGACGACGCCGUUCGUGGCACGCGGCGCCAACGUGUCCUCCUCGAGUGUUGUGUGCCGUUUCCGGUAACCCCACGAGAAGCAGAUAAACGGAGGAAGUGAAGCAAACGAACAAAGGACGACCAGUGCGCACGACGCGACACGGCUCUAAGGAGUACGGGAGAGGGGACAUUCGGUGUGCGUGUGUGCGUGUGUGUAAGUUUGUAAGUGUCCGAGUGUAUUCCCCGGGUGCGUUUGAGUUGAGUUCUCAACGGUAGUACACGUCACGGAGGAGAACGGUUGUUUUGGGUUGAGUUUGUUUCGUGUUCGCUUGCAGAAACAGGAAAAAGGGAAAAGUGUGUGGUGGUAAACCACUUCCUACUGCGGUCUCUGUAGUGCAUACAUCUGAGAGAGAGAGAGAGAGACAGGUGUUUUUUUUGGGUGGUGACCAAAAAUCCUUAUACCUGAAUCUCAUACCUCGCUCGCGUCCUGUUGUGUAAGCGAGGGAGAUUUGUUUGAUUUGUUUCCGGAGGGGUUUUAGUUUCCGCUUCCGGAGUGUGUGUGUGUGAGUGAGUGCAGGCGGGCGGGCUGCACUGACCGACGAACGAGAGGAAGAGCUAGAAGCAAAAAAGGCUACAAGAUGGCGACCAUCGAUGGACGACCGGCCCAGUACCAGAUCACGCAGAAGAACCUGCGGGAGAUCAUGGAGCACCGGGGCCGGGAGGCGGUAGCGAAGGUGACCGAGUACGGCGGCGUCAAUGACAUCUGCCGGAAGCUGUACACCUCGCCGAACGAGGGCCUGAGCGGCUCGCAGGCGGACAUCGACCAUCGGCGGGAAACGUUCGGCUCGAACGUGAUCCCCCCGAAGCCGCCCAAGUCCUUCCUGACGCUGGUGUGGGAGGCGCUGCAGGACGUGACGCUCAUUAUCCUCGAGAUAGCGGCCGUCAUCUCCCUACUGCUCUCGUUCUACCAGCCGGCGGACGAGGAGGAGCCCCUGCUGGUCGAGGAGGAGGAGCACUACUCGUGGAUCGAGGGCCUGGCCAUCCUGGUGUCGGUGUUCGUGGUGGUCGUGGUGACCGCGUUCAACGACUACUCCAAGGAGAAGCAGUUCCGGGGGCUGCAGUCGCGGAUUGAGGGCGAGCACAAGUUCGCCGUCAUCCGGGGCGGCGACCCGGUGCAGAUUAACAUCGGAGACAUCGUGGUCGGUGACAUCUGCCAGAUCAAGUACGGCGAUCUGCUGCCGGCGGACGGUAUCCUCAUCCAGAGCAACGACCUGAAGGUCGACGAGUCGUCGCUGACGGGCGAGUCGGAUCACGUGAAGAAGACGGAAUCGACCGAUCCGAUCGUGCUGUCGGGCACGCACGUGAUGGAGGGCAGCGGCAAGAUGGUGGUGACGGCCGUCGGUGUCAACUCGCAGGCCGGUAUCAUCUUCACGCUGCUCGGUGCGGCCGUCGACGAGCACGAGGCCGCGGCCAAGCAGAAGAAGAAGGAGGCGAAGAAGGCGAAGAAGACGGCGAAGGACGAGAUCACGAACAACAGCCACGGGCAUCCGGGCGGGCUGAAGAGCCAGACGACGGUGGAUUCGAUCACAUCGGACGACGCGGAGGAGGGCGCCAAGAGCAGUGGCGGCGGCGGGGGCCACGGGGCCAAGGAAAAGUCGGUGCUGCAGGCGAAGCUGACCAAGCUGGCCAUUCAGAUCGGGUACGCCGGUUCGACGAUCGCGGUACUGACGGUGAUCAUCCUGAUCAUUCAGUUCUGCAUCCAAACGUUCGUGAUCGAGCAGCGCCAGUGGCGUAACUCGUACGCCAACAACCUGGUGAAGCACUUCAUCAUCGGUGUGACGGUGCUGGUGGUGGCGGUACCGGAAGGGUUGCCACUCGCCGUCACCCUGUCGCUCGCGUACUCGGUGAAGAAAAUGAUGAAGGACAACAAUCUGGUGCGGCAUCUGGACGCGUGCGAGACGAUGGGCAAUGCGACGGCCAUCUGCUCGGACAAGACCGGCACACUGACGACGAACCGGAUGACGGUGGUGCAGUCGUACAUCUGCGAGAAGCUGUGCAUGGUGACGCCCCGCUUCUCCGAUAUUCCGCGCGUGGUAGGGGACGCACUGGUCGAGGGUAUUGCGCUGAAUUCGGCGUACACGUCGGGUCUGAUGCCGGGCCAGAACCCGGGCGACCCGCUGCAGCAGGUGGGCAACAAGACGGAGUGCGCCCUGCUCGGGUUCGUGAACGGGCUGGGCAAGAACUAUCAGACGAUCCGCGAUAGCCACCCGGAGGACUCGUUCACGCGCGUCUACACCUUCAACUCGGUGCGCAAGUCGAUGAGCACGGUGGUGCCGAAGCAGGGCGGUGGCGGUGGCUACCGGGUGUUCAGCAAGGGCGCCUCGGAGAUCAUCCUGAAGAAAUGUGCCUUCAUCUACGGGCAGGACGGCGUGCUGGAGAAGUUCACGCGCGACAUGCAGGAGCGCCUGCUGCAUCAGGUGAUCGAACCGAUGGCGUGCGACGGGCUGCGCACGAUCUGCAUCGCGUACCGGGACUUCGUGCCCGGCAAGCCGGCCAUCAACGAGGUGCACUACGACUCGGAGCCGAACUGGGACGACGAGGAGAACAUCAUCAGCAAUCUGACGUGCCUGUGCGUGGUCGGCAUCGAGGAUCCGGUCCGGCCGGAGGUCCCGGAGGCCAUUCGCAAGUGCCAGCGGGCCGGUAUUACCGUGCGCAUGGUCACCGGCGACAACAUCAACACGGCGCGCUCGAUCGCGACCAAGUGCGGCAUCCUGCGGCCACAGGACGAUUUCCUCAUCCUCGAGGGUAAGGAGUUUAACCGGCGCAUCCGGGACAGCAACGGUGACAUCCAGCAGCACCUGCUGGACAAGGUGUGGCCGAAGCUGCGCGUACUCGCCCGCUCCUCCCCCACGGACAAGUACAACCUGGUGAAGGGCAUCAUCGAUAGUAAGAUCUCGGUGAGCCGGGAGGUGGUCGCGGUCACCGGUGACGGCACGAACGAUGGUCCGGCGCUCAAGAAGGCGGACGUCGGUUUCGCCAUGGGUAUCGCCGGUACGGACGUGGCGAAGGAGGCGUCCGACAUCAUCCUGACGGACGACAACUUCAGCAGCAUCGUGAAGGCGGUCAUGUGGGGUCGCAACGUGUACGACUCGAUCGCCAAAUUCCUGCAGUUCCAGCUGACGGUGAACGUGGUGGCGGUCAUUGUGGCGUUCAUCGGUGCGUGCGCCGUGCAGGACUCGCCGCUCAAGGCGGUGCAGAUGCUGUGGAUGAACCUGAUCAUGGACACGCUGGCAUCGCUCGCGCUCGCCACCGAAAUGCCGACGCCGGACCUGCUGCUGCGCAAGCCGUACGGACGCACCAAGCCGCUCAUCUCGCGCACCAUGAUGAAGAACAUCCUCGGCCAGGCGGUUUACCAGCUGUUCAUCGUGUUCGGGCUGCUGUUCGUCGGCGACCGGCUGCUGGACAUCGAGUCGGGCCGCGGCCAGCCGCUCAACUCCGAGGCGACGCAGCACUUUACCAUCAUCUUCAACGUGUUCGUCUUCAUGACGCUGUUCAACGAGCUGAACGCGCGCAAGAUCCACGGCCAGCGGAACAUCUUCCAGGGCCUGUUCACCAAUCCGAUCUUCUACUCGAUCUGGAUCGUGACGCUCAUCUCGCAGGUGUUCAUCAUCCAGUUCGGCAAGGUCGCGUUCUCGACCAAGGCGCUCAACAUGGAGCAGUGGCUGUGGAGCGUCUUCUUCGGGCUCGGCACGCUGAUCUGGGCGCAGAUCGUAACGAGCAUACCGACGCGCAAGAUGCCGAAAACGAUGGCCUGGGGCCGCGGCCACCCGGAGGCCGAGUACACCGAGGCGAUCCGGCUCGGCGAGGAGCGCUACGAAACGAUGGACAAUGACAAGAAACCCCGUGCAGGUCAGAUAUUAUGGAUCCGCGGCCUUACCCGGCUGCAGACCCAGCUUCGUGUUGUACGUGCAUUUCGAUCCACAUUAGAAGAUUUAGAGGAACGCCGUUCCAUUCAUAGCUUACAUAGUCUUAGAAGUUCACGCAGUCAUCCCGGAGGCAUGAGCACGAGUGGUACAAUGACUAGUCAAGGUCUCUCAAAUCUCUUAUAUCCACCAGGUUCCAACAUCCAAACCGGCCGGCUUAUAGGUACUAAUGUUGGCGAUCUUAAGUAUAUUGAUGAAGAUCAAAGACUUCAUAAUAAUCAGCAUAUUAUAGGUAUAAACAAUAAAGUAGAAUACAGUAUCUAAAAACCAAUUCAAGCAAAACAAAACAAACAAAUAAAAACAACCAACACACACUCACACACACACCGAGACGAAACAUAGCGACACCCCAAGGGAACAACAUUACAAGCGACAUGUUAAAACAUACAAAACACACACUUUUCUCAUUCUUUACAUCUACUGAAACAUACACAAACACACACAUAGAACCAGACAUUUAUCAUUAUCCUUAUCAUUGUACGUAUGAACACGAACUACUUCAAUGACAUAAUAAAACAACAAAACAAAUAGAAGAUCGAAAACGAAACGAAAUUUAAAGAAACAAAAGCGCGCAAAAUUCGUAGACGAUGCAAGCAGUUUAACGUAACGUUUUUCAAGUAGGAAAAAUAACCGGAGAAGAACUGAGAGAAGAAAUGUCCGUCUGUUUUGCGUUCGUUCCUUCGGUUAGUUUCCAUUGUUCGUUUUGUUUCCUCACUCUCCCCCAUGUGUAUAAUUUGAACAUUUGUGUUUUUUCAAAUCAAACAUCCGCAAACAUCGUGGCGGAAUCGUUUGUGUUGUGCUGUGGUACUCUACUCACUGAGGGAACAAAAAUUUACUCACUCUACAACAAACCCAAUAUUACCACCACCACCACCACUGUGCCCUUAAACUACCUUUAUGGUUGUUUUCGAAGUUUUUCAUUCUGUACCGGUGACCGGUGAGUCAACGAUUGUACUAGGGAGCCUUACUUUAAUCCCUUUUUGCAUACACACGCAAGAGACCCACAGACAAGAGACAUACACACGGGACAAAUACGAGACCGGAGUGAAUGGAAAUCAGUUAAUAGAGUGCGAUGAACAUUAAAGGAAGGCUAGGAGGAGAGGAGAGAACAAUACAUUGUUCGAGACGAUUGACGAAAACGAAAAUCAGAGAUGAAAACAACGUAAAUGACCUUUGCGAUAGCGUCGAUAAGCAUUAAAAUGACCAAUUGAUGGUACGUUUUUCAUGUUUGUUAGGAUAGAUAGCAGAAAACAAGGAUUCAACCUCAUACGGUAGGAUAAAGAGAUCACAACAUAUUUCUUGUUAUGUUCAAUCAGUUUUCUAUUGGCGUCGCGCAUGCUCUUCAGCCUGCGCGCCCAUCCUUUUCUUCUAUUUGCGCUAAUGCAUAACGUACUUUAAUAAUGUUAAAAUCAUACCACAGUGUCCUUACGAUCACUGGGAGUAGGAGGGAAAAUGUGGAACGUACUAUUGGUUUGUUCCUCUCUGCCCUUGUAUAAUUUAGUACACCAUCAUGGAGGCGCCUGGUCGUUCAUUCGCGAGGCGCCCGAGUGAUGGUGAAGCCAAUACGAGUUACUUAAAAGGAAUUGUGCAGCAGCGCGAAAAGAAACACCUCAGUAGAGUCGAGGGUGUGAGGUUAGUUAUCGUAAUAGUAGAUGUAGGUUAGUAAUCGGUAGCGCAGCGAUAUUGCAGAACCACGGUUACGCGUUACGCGGAUACGCAGGACAACAAGUGCAGGGUUAUAUCAGAUGCCAAUACUUAGGCCGGGCACUAUUUAAUAUAUAUACAUAGAAACAAACAAGCGGAACGAUUAAGUCGAUACACUAACGCAUACUAGUACUAAUAUACAAUAAAUAGGAACGUAAGAGAGCCGUCUUCACCUGUUACUUUGAACCAUCGAGACAUACAUACAUGCAUACCU